ACCAACUUCCGGCCCCGAUAACCUUCAGAAUAAAAGACUCUCCGUUAUUUCACUGUGUGUGACUGUGUGAGUGUGUUACAGGCACACAGGCCUUUUAGAGUAAUAUUUCCUCUCAUCACCUAAAAUGUUUGAUUCAUUUAAGCUGAUAAAACCACUUUGUUUAGACCUUAAAUGUCCCACUAUGUCAGAUUAACAAGGGUUUACAGAAAGUUUGAUGGAGGACAAUGAAGACAAAAGCUACUGAGGAAACAUUUGGAUUGAAAUAAACGGAUGUUUUAUGUUGUGACCAAAACAGAGAGUACUUUUAGUUUUCUUAUAUCUGAAAACAACAGACACACAGUGCGUCUCAGGCCCGUCCCUCGGCCCACAGAGACACACUGUGUUGUUGUUUAACUAGACAAUGAGCACACUCACACACUCACACACACACACACACACACACACACACACACACACUCACUCACUCACUCACUCAGUCACACACAGGAUGGCCGCCAUCUCGGCUCGCCUCCGGCUUCGGACCUUCAUCAUCGUCGUCCUCCUCUUCGUCCUGUCAGUUGGACACUUUUUUCCCGUUAGUGGAUUUAAAGUGGUGGAAGGGGGCGUGGCCUCUUUGUCCUGUCAGUACUCCGUGAAGCGGUUUGGUCUGAGCCGGGUCUGCUGGGGUCGUGGCUGCGGGACGUUCUGGUGCAACAACAUCCUGGUGCAGACGGACGAGCACGGCGUCGUCUCCAAGGUUGCGGAUCGUUACCGGCUGACGGGGGACGUCCUGGACGGACAGAUGGACCUGGACAUCCUGAGCGUGAGGCGGACGGACAGCGGGCCGUACUGCUGCAGGGUGGACGUGGACGGGAUCUUCAAUGACAAGAAGGUGAUCAUGAACCUGAGGGUGGUCCAAGCUCCAGUGGCCAGUUCUCCUCCACAAGCACCAGCAACGGCACCCACAACGACCGGUGACAUCUCCACAGUAAACUGGAAGACGCUGUUGUCAUCUCAGCUGGACCUUUUGAGGAGGAACUCCACGAUGCUGCGCUCCGACACCGUUACAGUGGACGACUCUUCUCUCUCCCUCCACAUCAACGUUCCCGUCCUCUUUCUCUCCGUCACGUUGCUGUUCGUCUUGGCUGCCGGCUUCCUCUUUCUGGCCUUCAAACGUGGGAUUUACGGACGAGCCGUGAGAAACAUCUGCUUGUCCUCUGAAGAACCUCCUCACAUCAUCUAUGAGAUCCGGAUGAGGAGACCCGUACAGGAGAACAUCUACAGCCUUGACUAGAACACAUCGGGUUCAAUCAAUCACGCGCUCCCAUCCGACACCACGGAAUGGUCCCAAUUCUCUGUUACUGGGUAAAUUAUGUAAAAGUACUUCUAUAGUCAAAGUACCAAAGGUAAAAGGACUCAUAUUGUUUAUAGUGUACAUUUGAAAGUAAAUGUGUUAAAAUAAGGGAGUACUUAAGAAUCAUUUUGAAGUACUUGCAUAAUACUUCACUUAAGUAUUUCCAUUAAACUUAACAUCCUUAAAACAACUAAUAAGCUAUAAUGUAUUAUUAGGUAGUUACCAGCCUUAAUAUUAUGUGUAUAAAGUAGUUCAAAUGAUCUCCAGCUUUUUUAACAUCUCGGCCGCCAUCAUCAUCUUAAUGACUUCAAAUAUUUACUUUAGUUUGAUCAAUAAUAAUAAUAAUAUGUCAUCACUUUACUUUGGUUUUGAUUGAAUCUAAAAUCUGGAAAUAUAUCCUAAAUAAAUCAAAUCAAUACUAAAGUAGAGUGAAAGUACUUUGAACUACGACAACUGAAAGAUGUGAUUUACUUCUUGGUUGUUGAAUAGUUCACCGACUUUUUGUGUAACAGAAUUCUGUGAUUUAUUAUUUGAUCGUGUAUGAGUGAACAAAUGUUAAGUCUGUGUGUUUUGUGACAUCACGAUGACCUCAUACUCUAAGGUGUGAGGUCAUCCGUUCCACAUUGAGUCCAAGUGGACGUUUACGUCUUUUGAAGACAAAAGAUCUGAACUUGUAAAGAUGCUGCUGUAAAAUGUAUUUUAUUAUUGUUUCCUGUAUUUAUUAACGCCUCCAAAACCAGCUGAAUAAACAACAAUCACCACGUCUGCCUUCCU